UAUACCAAAUACAGUUCCUUUUACCCCCCAAACUCCUACUACACUUCACUUCCACCCAUCUCCGCCGCAACAACCACCAUGAACGACGGCGACGACCACCGCACUUUAGAUCUCGUCAAAGAACUCGUCCACCGCUUAACCACCCCCCCACCCACCCACCUUACCCCCACCCAUCCCACCCCUACCCCCCACUACCCCCAAUCCCUCCAUUACGCAAUUCGCAUUCUCUCUAGCCGAAUGACCCCUUCAAUUUCCCCUAACGAAGCCGCAAUGGUCGAAUCAAUCAAACGUAACUUAGCUACACAAGGUAAAUCCUCCGAUGCCUUAACUUUCGCCGAUUUAUACACGAAAUUUUCAUCGAAAAUCGGGCCGGGUAGUGUAAAAAACAAAUGGGCAGUACUUUAUUUGCUUAAAACUGUCUCCGAAGAUCGGAUAAACCAAAAAAAUAUGCCUAGUAAUGCUCCAGCUAACGCGUUUUUAAGCUCGUUGUCCCGUGGUGGUUUGCCCGAAUUAGGGCUUAGAAAUGAUAGUAAUUUAGAGGGUUAUAAGGAUAAUUGUAAGGAUUUGAGGGGCUCGGUUGGUAAUUUGGGGAAAAUGGAGAAGGGUUAUAGUGAUAAUAGUAACGAUUUUAGGGGGUUGGUUGGUACAUUGGGGAAAAUGGAGAAGGGUUAUACUGAUAAUAGCAAGGAUUUGAGAGGGUUGAUGGGUAAAUUGGGGAAAAGGGAGAAGGGAUGUAGUGAUGGUAAUGUGAGUGAUGAUUUUCGGAGUUCGAGUAAUUUGAAGGAUUAUAGGGGGAAGGGUUAUAGUGAUGGUAAUGUGAGUGAUGAUUUGAGGAAUUUGAGCUGUGGAGGCGAUGUUUCUAGGGUUUUGAAGGGGAAGGGUGAAGUAGGGAAAGGAUGGAGUGGAGGGGUUUUGAUGGUUUCUAAAGAUUCAGAGAAUUUGAGGUAUAUGGCGUAUAAGGAGUUUGUGGACUUGUGGAAAGAAGAGAAUGAGGUAUCAGAGGAUGUUUUAGUGAGGGAUGUGUUGUAUUCUUGUCAAGGGAUUGAUGGGAAGUAUGUGAAGUAUGAUAAGAAUGAGGAUGGUUAUGUGUUGCCUGAUUGGAUGAAAGUUCCGAGGGCUACGAGGAAUGUUGUUAGGAAGCUUUGUGAGCUUGGUUGGUUGUUUAGGAAAGUUAAAGGGUAUAUAUCGGAGAGUAUGAAUCAGUUUCCUGCUCAAGAUGUAGGAACGGUUGGACAAGCGUUUUGUGCUGCAUUGCAGGAUGAGCUAUCGGAGUAUUAUAAGUUGUUGGCGGUGCUUGAAGGGCAGGCGAUGAAUCCAAUACCGUUGGGUUCAGAGGGUGAAUGUUCAGGGAAUUAUAUGUCUUUCAGAAGACUGUCGGUUUGGUUUGCUGAGCCGAUUGUGAAGAUGAGGUUGAUGGCGGUUUUAGUUGAUAACUGUAAGAGCUUGAAGGGUGGAGCAAUGGCUGGUGCAAUUCACAUGCAUGCUCAACAUGGUGAUCCACUAGUUAAUGAUUUCAUGAAAAGGUUAUUGCGUCGGGUGUGUUCCCCUCUUUUUGAGAUGGUGAGGAGAUGGGUGCUUGAAGGAGAGCUUGAAGAUAUAUUUUCUGAGUUUUUCAUUGUGAGUCAACCUGUAAAAGACGAGUCCCUUUGGAGAGAAGGUUAUCGGCUUCAUGCUGCCAUGCUUCCUGCUUUUAUUUCUCAGUCUCUUGCCAAACAGAUUUUGAGGACCGGUAAAUCAAUCAACUUUCUCAGAGUCUGUUGUGAUGAUCGUGGUUGGGCUGAUGCUGCAACAGAAGCAGCAGCAGCUGUUGGAACUACAACCACGAGAGGAAGUCUUGGGUAUGGCGAAACUGAUGCACUUGAAUCUUUGGUUACAGAAGCAGCAAAAAGAAUCGAUAAGCAUUUACUUGAACUUAUGCACAAAAGAUACAAGUUCAAAGAACAUUGUCUUGCCAUUAAGCGCUACUUGCUUCUUGGUCAAGGAGAUUUUGUGCAAUAUCUAAUGGAUAUUGUUGGUCCUGAGCUAUCUGAGCCGGCUAAUACUAUCAGCUCAUUUAAGCUGGCAACCUUGUUAGAGAGUGCCAUCACAUCAUCUAAUGCACAGUAUGAUGAUUGUGAUAUACGCGCUAGAUUAAGGGUUAAGAUGAUGCCACAUAAAACUGGAGAUAGAGGGUGGGAUGUCUUUUCGUUGGAAUAUGAUGCAGGUGUUCCUUUGAAUACAGUUUUCACAGAGUCCGUAAUGACAAGAUAUAUAAGAGUCUUCAAUUUUUUGUGGAAGCUCAGAAGGGUAGAACACGCGCUAACGGGUACCUGGAAGACAAUGAAACCAAAUUGUAUCACUUCCCAUUUCUUCUCCAAGUUGCCACAAGCUGUUAAGUUGCAGUUGAUUUUGACAUCACGAAAGUGUCAAGUUCUUUGGGAUGAAAUGAAUCACUUUGUUUCUAAUUUGCAGUACUACAUCAUGUUUGAAGUUUUGGAGGUCUCGUGGUCUAAUCUUGUGAAAGAAAUGGAAUUAUCUAAAGACCUUGACGAUCUUCUUGCAGCACAUGAAAACUAUUUGUCGUCAAUUUUAGAGAAAUCGUUGCUUGGAGAACGUUCUCAGGAGCUUAACAAGACACUCUUUGUUUUAUUUGACCUGAUAUUGCGCUUCCGAAGUCUGGCGGAUCGACUAUAUGAAGGCAUUAAUGAGCUGCAAUCAAGGACUGCAGAAGUCAAAUCACGGGGAAAAUCAAAUGAUAAAUCUUCAGAACCAGGGUCGUGGCUUGGUGAAGGCAGAAAGGCUUUAACUCAACGUGCUGGAGAAUUCUUCAAAAAUAUGGGAAAUGAUAUAGACGUGAUUGGAAAGGAUUAUACAACCAUCUUUGAAGGGUUCAUUUCUAAGUUGCCCGUGCAGCAGCACAUUGAUUUGAAGUUUCUCAUGUUUAGGCUCAACUUCACCGAGUUCUAUAGUCAGCUACAGCCAAUUACUAGAGGGAAGCUUUUCUAGUGUCGUGUCUAUUACACUUACUGAUUUGCAGUUUCAAAUGCUCGGGGCUCUUUCAUCACGCACAUGCAGUUAUAUAUAUGAAGGUCUAGGGGACCUGCAUCUAUUGAAGAUGUUUCAUCACCUUGCACACGAUGACAGACCGCUUGUUGGCCACCGUAGCCCAGGUCUUAGCAGUUUGGAUGUCAUUGUUUGGCUUUAAGCAAUUGUCUGUCUUCUCACAUCAAAUCCUCUCCAAUGUCAGUUUAUUCAUUCAUCGACACUUCUCUUCCUCUCCGGAAGAGCUUCCAGGACGGUACUGGUUGGUGCUUUCUUGAUAUAGGCGAUGGGUAUAUUGAUGUUACUAACCAUCAUGCUACAUUAUAGUUCUGUUUGGGGUUCUAUUUGUUUGUUUAUUUUUCUUCUUUUUUGCUGCCCUAUCAAGCAGCUCGUGGCGUGUAUAUCUGUAAAAUAUAGUGUCUGUUCUUCAAUUGGUAAAUUUUGAUUUACUGAA